GUGCUGACAAGGCUGCUUAUCUAAUGGGAGUUAACUCUUCUGAUAUGCUUAAGGGUUUGGUGCAUCCAAGAGUGAAAGUUGGAAAUGAGUAUGUCACUAAAGGCCAAAGUGUAGAACAGGUUACCUAUGCUGUUGGAGCUUUAUCUAAGGCAGUAUAUGAUAGAAUGUUCAAGUGGCUUGUUACUCGCAUAAAUAAGACUUUGGACACUAAAUUACCAAGACAAUUCUUCAUUGGAGUAUUAGACAUUGCUGGCUUUGAGAUCUUUGAUUAUAACAGUUUUGAACAACUUUGCAUUAAUUUCACAAAUGAAAAAUUGCAACAAUUUUUCAAUCAUCACAUGUUUGUCUUGGAGCAAGAAGAGUACAAAAAGGAAGGCAUUGACUGGGAGUUCAUUGACUUUGGAUUGGAUCUACAGGCUUGCAUUGAUCUAAUUGAAAAGCCUCUGGGCAUCCUUUCUAUUCUUGAAGAGGAAUGCAUGUUUCCAAAAGCUACAGAUAUGACCUUUAAAGCCAAACUCUAUGACAAUCACCUUGGCAAAUCUCCCAAUCUGCAGAAACCAAGGCCUGACAAAAAAAGGAAAUAUGAAGCACAUUUUGAACUUCUUCACUAUGCUGGAGUG